UUGUUGUUGCUGUUGGCGGAGCGGAACACAGGUUUCACGCCAUUUUGAGAGAUAUCGGCUAUUGAACAGCGAGUUGCUCGAGGGCAAUGUGAUCGACCCUUUUGAAGCUAUGCCGAUUACUUAGCCGUUUUUAAAAAACUGCCAUCACGUUAUUAUUUGAGCGUCAAUCCAUCUGACAUAACACUUCUAACCUAGAUUCCUCUUCCAGCCAUGUCCACCGAGGGAACAGCCGACCAGGCUGCGGCAGAGUAUAUUCCAGAGAAGGUGAAGAAGGCAGAGAAGAAGUUGGAAGAAAACCCAUAUGACCUUGACGCGUGGAGCAUUCUGAUUCGAGAAGCACAGAACCAACCCAUAGAUAAAGCAAGGAAGACAUAUGAGCGACUUGUCACGCAGUUCCCAAGUUCUGGCAGAUUCUGGAAACUAUUCAUUGAAGCUGAGAUCAAGGCUAAAAACUAUGACAAGGUAGAAAAGUUGUUUCAGAGAUGUCUAAUGAAAGUCUUGCACAUUGACCUGUGGAAAUGCUACCUCUCAUAUGUUCGAGAGACCAAAGGAAAGCUGCCCAGCUACAAAGAGAAGAUGGCCCAGGCGUACGACUUUGCCCUGGAUAAAAUCGGCAUGGAGAUUAUGUCUUACCAGAUUUGGGUGGACUACAUCAACUUCCUCAAAGGAGUUGAGGCUGUGGGCUCAUACGCAGAGAACCAACGGAUCACUGCAGUACGGCGGGUGUACCAGAGAGGCUGUGUAAACCCUAUGAUCAACAUUGAGCAGCUCUGGAGAGAUUAUAGCAAAUAUGAAGAGGGAAUCAACGUGCACUUGGCCAAAAAGAUGAUUGAGGAUCGAAGUAGAGACUACAUGAACGCCAGGAGAGUGGCAAAGGAGUAUGAGACUGUGAUGAAGGGGUUGGACAGGAAUGCGCCCUCGGUACCGCCCCAGAACUCCCCUCAGGAAGCCCAGCAAGUGGAAAUGUGGAAGAAGUACAUCCAGUGGGAAAAAAGUAACCCCUUGCGCACAGAAGACCAGACCCUCAUCACAAAGAGAGUGAUGUUUGCCUAUGAGCAGUGCCUGCUGGUGCUCGGCCACCAUCCUGAUGUAUGGUAUGAGGCAGCACAGUACCUGGAGCAGUCGAGCAAACUGCUGGCAGAGAAAGGGGAUAUGAAUAAUUCCAAGCUGUUUAGCGACGAGGCAGCUAACAUCUACGAACGUGCCAUCGGGACUCUUCUGAAGAAGAACAUGCUACUGUACUUUUCAUUUGCCGACUACGAAGAAAGUCGCAUGAAGUAUGAGAAGGUCCACAGCAUCUAUAAUAAACUGCUGGCCAUUGAGGACAUUGAUCCCACACUGGUCUACAUUCAGUACAUGAAGUUUGCCAGGAGAGCAGAGGGGAUCAAAUCAGGUCGCACCAUCUUCAAAAAGGCCCGAGAGGAUUUACGCACGCGCCACCAUGUGUAUGUGACAGCAGCACUGAUGGAGUACUACUGCAGCAAGGAUAAAUCGGUGGCCUUCAAGAUUUUUGAGCUUGGUUUGAAGAAAUAUGGUGACAUUCCAGAGUACAUACUGGCAUACAUUGAUUACCUCUCGCAUCUUAAUGAGGAUAACAACACCAGGGUUCUGUUUGAACGCGUCCUCACCUCAGGAAGCUUGUCACCGGAAAAGUCAGGCGAGGUCUGGGCUCGGUUCCUGGCUUUUGAGAGCAACAUAGGAGACCUGGCCAGUAUUCUGAAAGUGGAGCGCAGGCGAUUCACUGCAUUCAAGGACGAGUACGAGGGCAAAGAAACAGCCUUGCUUGUAGAUAGAUACAAGUUCAUGGACCUGUAUCCCUGCUCUGCUAGUGAACUCAAAGCCCUUGGGUACAAGGAUGUGUCUCGUGCCAAACUGGCAGCAAUGCUCCCAGAGACUGUGGUCACACCCUCUACACCUGCACAAAAAGACGAAGCUGACCGGAAACCGGAGUACCCCAAACCUGACACCAAUCAGAUGAUCCCCUUCCAGCCACGUCACCUCGCCCCUCCAGGUUUACACCCUGUCCCUGGUGGAGUUUUUCCAGUCCCCCCAGCUGCUGUUGUCCUAAUGAAGCUGCUCCCUCCACCUACGUGCUUCACUGGUCCUUUUGUUCAAGUGGAUGAGCUCAUGGAAAGUUUCAGGAGAUGCACACUUCCUGAGACUGUUGAUGCUGCUGUAGAGCUGAUCACUGGCAGGCAGCCCGAUGCAGGAGGGGAGGGCAAUGGAUCCAUGGAGAACCAUGCUGUUGCCAAGUCACUCAAGAGGCCUAACGCAGACUCCGACGAGGAGGAUGACAAAGGAGCCGUGGCUCCGCCCAUACACGACAUCUACCGCGCACGCCAACAGAAGAGGAUUCGAUAAACACGCGCUGAAUCCUACAAGAAUGUAAUGUAACAGGUGGUCCUAUGGAGUAAACGUACAUGUCCACAUUUCUGAGUGCGUCUGACAGAUUAUACAUCCGUUGAUCUCUGUACCGAAGGAGCGCAUACAUAUACACACUCACACAUACAUACAGUAUGCACACCUGAGUGUUCUUGUGGCUUUUUUGUCAACAGUUUUUAUUUUUAAAGACUGACCAUUAUACUGUACAAAAUUUUUAAUCCAACCAUUGAUUUUGGCACACAGCUCAGUUUUGGCCUUGUGAUGUUCCAGUGAUGGCAACGUGGAUUUUUUUUUUUUUUUUAGAUAACUGGAGGAAACACAGUUCCUUUCAAUAAAAGAGGAAAAGAAUUCAACCAGAUUUGACUUUUUAUUUGACAGUACUGAUGAUUUAUUUGUAUUUUACUGAAAGUGACUGGACAUUUUAUUAUGACUUUUGUUUUGGCCCAGGCUGUAUCAUUACCACUAGGGGGCAGCAUGUCACUUUUUUUAUCUGAAAGUACCAAUCAUCCUCUGUUCAAACAAUCAGGUUCCCUCUAUGCAAGACAGCAGGGUUUCAUAGGCUUAUAUUUAACUAAUGUACACAAAAGCCAGAUAGCUUUGAAAACCUUGAAUAGCCUUUAUUAAAGGACCAGUGUGUAGGAUUUAGUAGCAUUUAGCAGUUUAGUUGCUUCACCUUUCCCUUUCAAGUGUGAAGGAGAAACAACAGCGCCGUAGUCAACACCUCUAUCCAGAGCCAGAGUUCUGGGCUACUGUAGAAACAUGGUGGUUCAACAUGGUACAUAUUAUAUUCCAUUUCUUUACAUCCUCCUAAAUAUUACACACUAGACCUUUUAAGGAAACUGUUUGCUUUUGUUAGCAUUUUAGACUUAAAGAUUGAAAAUGCCAUCUAAAAAUGUUUACAGUAUUUGUAAAGAAGGCAAACCUUUCACCUUGAACUAUUUUAAACAGUUCCUUAGUUGUGACAAACAAUUUUUCAAUAUCGGCCAGCUGCUUCUUUUCUCAUUGGGCCGAAUGACGUCGUUAUUUGUCUGCCCAGCACAGCCUUUGUACUGACAAGGUUAUUAUAUCUCAGCUCUGAGCCUCGUCGCUGGUGCCAUAAAACAGUCUAUGUAGGAACACCACUCUACUGCCACAUAAUGAAGUCUGAUUGCUACUUUGAAAUUUGCACCAUUUGGCAAAGCAGCCAAGUGCUCUUAGAGACUAAAACAACUGAUUGUAAUACAGGAACAAUAAUGUAUUUUAUUCAAUAGCUUCUGAAUCAUUAACAUGAGAUUUGUUUCCCUAAAAUUGUGUUAUAGUAGAGCUCCCCACCAACAGUAACAAUCAAACAAAGUAAUUGCUUUUUGGUUCUCAUUCUCUGGUUAGCUGUGAAUUUCAAGUCACUGAUUACAGCCAGAGAGCACUCCACGCAUAUUAAAGAGUUCUAUGAUUUUGCUAGCAUCAAAGGCGUAUCUACUGUCAGACGCCAACAAAACAAAAACUGAAAGGAAGUUUCGGAAAGGGAAAGUACUGCUCUUUUUCUUAGUUCAACUGAUAAGCUACUAUUUGCAUUUUAAACAGGACUCUUCGGAUGUCGAUAUGGAAGCAUGUGUGUGUUUUGGCUUAAAAUGUUAAUGUAACACUGACAAAAUCACAAGAAACAGUACUGGCCUUUUAUAAAGAGUGAACUCAACAUGACAGUACUUCCAGUUUAUUUUUUUAUUUUGCAGACAGUAUGUAAAAUAGUCUCAAGUUUUAAGUCGACAGGGAACCUCUAACGUAAAAGCCUUAGCUCAUGUCAUUCUGUUUUAAAAAAGGAGGGGACUGUAUUAUGUUUCUAACAGAGAAAGCCGUGUGUAAGGCGUGUAUUGGGAUCAAGUUAAGAAUGGACACAAAGUACUACUUUGUCAUACCACUUGUCAUUUGUUCUCUUUUUAUCAAAUUCUACACAUUUUGUGUACAUGUAUGAAUGUCAGACAACUAAAGCCAAAAAACUGCCAAGAUGUGUGUGGUUUGAACUUCAUCUGGGAAUGCUUUUGUCACCUGGAAAUGUGGGAGUGAUUUCCUCAGCUGAUUAGAAGGAGUCCAUAAACCUUAUUUAAAACAGAACCCUGAAGAUGCCACUAAAACGUAGCUACGGUUUUCAGUCCAAAAAAAAAA